AUGCAGAUGAACAACAGUGAGAAACUUAGCAAAGAUGCGAGCCCGAAAGAUGACAAUGAAUCUAUGAAGGACGUUCCGUAUCAGGAAGCAGUCAGGUGUCUCAUGUAUUUGGCGCAGGGCACUCGAGCAUCCGAUAUUCUUUUCGCGGUGAUCACUCUUAACCGGUUCAACAAAACCCCGGGGGUCGAACAUUGGAACGCAGUGAAGCGUGUUUUGCGUUACCUACGUGGAACCUCCGGUGUGAAGCUGAUCUAUAAAAAGGAUGCAGAUUCCAGUGUGGUCGGUUAUUGCGAAGCUGACUGGGGAUUGGUUCCAAAUGAAAGGAAGUCUACAAGUGGCAACGUCUUCACGACACAGGUGCAAUCUCGUAGAUGUGCAAGAAACAACUAA